AUGGAUCAAGACUACCUGGCCUGUCCACUGGGUGUAUUAUUUCUUCUAAGUUCUAUUGUUGGAUCGCGGGCGGUUGGCGGACAAACUGGUGUGGAACUAGUUCGGGCACUACGACUGCGGUCACCAAUCGCCGACAACAGCCUUCAACUGGCAAUGUAUGAAAGCAAGCUACUCCAUAGAGAGUUGGUUGACGACUUGGUCGCUGAACAGUCGGUGGUUAAUCGUAAAAGGCUUGGCAUCAUCACCGUUUCGAAUGGAAUGUUUUUGAGGGAUGAUUACCGCAUGCGGUCGGACUUUCUUAGGAGUAUACAAAAUGACUUUCAAGUGACUGUUCAACAGAACACCCGUUUUUCUUUCAUUGUUGUCCUACCUACUGAACGUUGGGAAAGAACAUGGAUCGAUCGGAUGCUGACUGGGCAAUACAACAUCCGAGAUCUAGUGGCCGCGCAGCAACCCGAGGUCGUGUCAUUGAAAAUGCCAAAAUUCAGGAUGCAACAGACAUCCGAUCUAACUAGCGCGUUAAAAUCAAUGGGUGUGAUAUCCGUAUUCCAAAAAGGAGAAGCCGACUUUUCAGGCAUGACUGACACUAACAAUGUGCAUAUUGGUAUGGUGAAGCAGGGUGCUGUAAUGAGCGUCAACGAAAUCGGGGUUGAUCCAGCCGGAGUAACGGCGUCGAUAUCAGGAGCGUCAACACGACUGGAGCCAACUGUGGAGUUCAUAGUGGACCAGCCGUUUGUUUGUAUGAUUUACGACGAACAGCUUAAACUUCCUGUGUUUACCGCCCGCGUGAUACGACCACAGCUCUGA